UCUGAGUUGUGAGAGACGAGAGAAAGCGUGGGAGACCGAAAGGAGAAAAACUCACUCUCGUACAGCUCCAGAGCGACGGGGAACUCUGUAGGCUCUCGCAGUCGCAGCCGAGGAAGGUCGGCAAUGGCCGCCGCAUCCGCAGGAAAAUCUCCUACUAAAACUUCGUCUUCCUCUCCUCCCAAUCCCUUUCAUUUCCCUCCUGAUCCGCCGCCGAAACUAUGUCUUUCACCAGACCAGCUUAGGUACUGCUCUGAAGCGCUCUCUCAUCUCAAGGAGAAGCGACGGAUGCCGGAAAAGAUUAGUCAGGAGUUCGAGCUCUUGCAGGCCAAUAGGAUUAAAAAGACAGAUAUGUCCAAAAGCUGCAGGGCGGCUAUUGAUCAUACAAAUAGGGAGAAGAACCGUUAUUUGGAUGUCUUACCAUUUGACCAGAACAGGGUUCUUCUCAACUCAUCUGAGGAUCGCAGAUCAUCCGGGAGGGACUAUAUCAAUGCAAGCUUUAUUACGGCUUCUUCCACUGAAAGCAUUUCACGGUUUAUAGCCACACAAGGUCCACUACCACACACAUUUGAAGAUUUCUGGGAAAUGGUGAUUCAGCAUCAUUGCCCUGUGAUUGUAAUGCUUACUCGGUUGGUCGACAAUUACAAGAUGGUGAAAUGUGGAGAUUAUUUUCAAGCAGAGGAUGGUCCAAGAGAAUUUGGUAAUAUAUCUAUUGUUACUAAAUGGAUAAAUGAUGAUACUUCAUUAGUGUUAAGACAGCUGGAGGUGAAACACAUAGAGUCAGAGGAGCUACCCUGGUCUGUUCUCCACAUUCAGUACCCUGAAUGGCCUGAUCAUGGAGUGCCCGGAGACACACUUUCUGUUCGUGCAAUCUUGAAAAGGAUAUAUCACGUGCCACCCAAUCUUGGCCCCAUAGUUGUGCACUGCAGUGCAGGUAUUGGGAGAACAGGUGCAUUUUGUACAAUUCUCAACACAAUCCAAAGAAUCCUUGCUGGAGACAUGUCUGCCUUAAAUCUUGUUAACACUAUAACCAUCUUCAGAACUCAGCGUAAUGGGAUGGUCCAAACAUCGGAUCAAUACCGUUUUUGCUAUGAUGCCAUAAUUGAUGAACUGGAAGACCUUAUUUCAGAAUCUAACCACUAGCAAGAAAUUCAUAACAGGUAUAUAAUGUUUGCAGCUGGGCCUACUGUCAGAUUGUUGUAGUUGAAGACUUGAGGUAGAUGGGGAGUCUAUUGGCUAUGAGCUUAGUUGUUUAUUCAGAAGCUGGAGAAACAAAUAUCACUUUCCCCUAUUUUGUGCCUUCCUUAAUUGGCAGCCCGUUUUCAUACAUUUGAUGCAAGAGUUAUCUACAUGUAAAACUGAAAUGCUGCUGAAUAAUCAGGCCAACGUCUUCAUCUUUCUGUCCGCCUCUGCACCAAUGAGAGCACCAAAGAGCAGGAUAGUUGCUUAUUCUUGGUGGUCUUGCUAAUCUUAACUGCAAUAUACAUACCAUGCUUGCUAA